UUGAUUCAGAUUCUUUUCCUUAGAGACUAUAGUCGGGACAACAUGGCAGACUAUGAGACGGUCCUGACACAGUGCUUCCCAAAUAUUGACUCAGAAAUCGUUCAUUAUGUCAAUGGUAUGUUAGAAGAUGGACAUGAUGAUUUUGAGUCAUCAGAAGACUUGUAUGAUGCUAUCGGUGGAAUUUUACAAGGGACUGAUGAUAGCAAAACAGACGAGGAAAUCAAAAAUAUAUGUGAAAAACUGCACUCUCUUAUGACUUCAACUCAGAAUGAGUCUGCCGCCCCUGUCCGUAAGUUACUGAGUGCCCCUGUACAGAUCUCCAGCAUUCAGACAGACAAAGAGGACCUAUCACAAUCUAACAGUAUCUGGAUAUCUAAACGAGACAGCAACACAGUUGUUGAUCAGAAGAAGUUGGAAAAGGCAGAAGCACAGAUCAAGAAAAAACAGGAGAGGAAAUCAGACAACAAAACGAAAACCAACAAUAUACAAGAGGAAGCAACUGCCUGUCAACAGAUAAACAAGAAAGAUGUUAAACUGGAUUCAUCAGGCACAAACAGAUCCUAUGAUAUCAAAAUAGAGAAUUUUGACAUUGCAUUUGGUGAAAAACAACUGAUAUCUGGAGCCUCAAUCCACCUGAUCUAUGGAAGGCGGUAUGGUUUUGUGGGGAGGAAUGGACUUGGGAAGACUACACUGCUCAAAAUGAUCUCAAAAGGAAAUUUGAUGAUCCCCUCCCACAUUUCUCUGCUCCACGUGGAACAGGAGGUAGAGGGAGACAACACUAUAGCCCUGGAGAGUGUACUGGAGUGUGACGAGGAGAGAGAAAACCUCCUGAGGGAGGAGAAAGAAAUCUCCCUCAGACUCUCCUCCAGCCCUACUGGUACAGAUAAUAUGUUGUCUACGCGACUGACGGAGAUCUACCACCAGCUGGAGGUGAUGGAGGCAGAUAAAGCUCCGGCCAGAGCUGGUGUUAUACUGGCAGGUCUGGGAUUCACUCCCAAAAUGCAGAAAAUGCCAACAAAGGAGUUUUCAGGAGGAUGGAGGAUGAGACUUGCAUUAGCCAGAGCUCUUUUCUCACAACCUGACCUUCUACUACUUGAUGAACCUACAAACAUGUUGGACAUGAAAGCCAUCAUUUGGUUAGAAAACUACUUACAGUCAUGGAAAUCCACAAUAUUGGUAGUGUCUCACGACCGAUCCUUCCUAAAUGCAGUGUCUACAGACAUUUUACAUUUACACAAUGGUGUGAUAGACACAUAUCGGGGGAACUUUGAGUCAUUUUACAAAACUCGGGAAGAGAGACUGAAGAAUCAACAGAAGGAAUAUGAAGCUCAGAAAGAAUACAGAGAUCAUAUACAGGUGUUCAUAGAUAGAUUCAGAUACAAUGCAAACAGGGCAUCACAAGUACAGAGCAAACUCAAGCUGUUAGAAAAACUACCUGAAUUAAAACCUGUAGAGAAGGAAAGUAAAGCAACACUGAAAUUCACAGAUUGUGAGCACCUGAAACACACAGUGUUACAACUGGAUGAGUUAGAUUUUUACUACACAAAGGACUGUCCUAUAUUUAAAAAUCUCAACCUCAACACACAGUCAGACUCCAGAAUCUGUAUUGUUGGAGAAAAUGGAGCAGGUAAAACAACAUUGUUGAAGAUCCUUUUGGGAGAGCUGGAUCCAGUGAAGGGCUGGAGGAAGGCCAACAGAAAUCUGUGUAUAGGCUACUUCAGUCAGCACCAUGUGGACCAACUGGACAUGAGUCUGACAUCAAUAGAACUGAUGGCUGAACGAUAUCCAGGGAAACCCACAGAGAUGUACAGAAACAGAUUAGGAGCUUUUGGUGUAUCUGGGGAAUUAGCCACACGCCCCGUGUCCAGUUUGUCUGGGGGCCAAAAAAGUCGAGUGGCCUUCGCUGUGAUUGACAUGUUGAAUCCUAAUUUCCUCAUUCUUGAUGAACCUACAAAUCACCUGGACAUGGAGUCUAUAGAAGCAUUGGGAGAAGCUAUACAAAAAUUCCAGGGAGGGGUUGUGCUGGUUUCCCACGAUGAGCGAUUGAUUCGGAUGAUCUGUAAGGAACUCUGGGUAGUGAAGGAUGGUAAUGUGAAAUCACUGGACGGAGGAUUCGAUGAGUACCGCAACAUCGUGGAGAAAGAACUGGCAGAAAACGGAGUCUGAUGACAGUCUACAGCUAGUCUUGUUAUUUAUUACUGCCUCUGUG